AUGCUUAUCACGAAGCUCGUCGCCGUGGGCUCUGUGCUGCUCUCCGGAGCUGCCGCUGCCCCAAAGCCCGCGCCCUUCUUCUACAAGGGACAUGAUCUCUCCUCUCUGAAGAUGCUGGAGGAUGGCGGCGUCCUUUACAAGGACACUGCAAAGAACAACCAGACCCGGCCGGCCGAGGACAUCCUCGGCGAUGGCGGCAUGAACACUGUCCGUCUCAGGCUGUGGGUUGACCCCAUUCCCGGCCAGUACGACCUGGCCUACAUCCUGGACCUCGCGAAGCGCUUCGCGAGCAAGGGCUACCGCAUCUACCUCGACUACCACUUCUCCGACACAUGGGCGGAUCCGCAGCACAACAACGCCCCGGUUGCCUGGCCGAAGACGCUGCCGGAGCUCUCGACGACCAUCCGCGGCUACGUCAACACCACCAUGCACGCCUUCCAGGACGCGGGCGUCGACCUCUCCAUCGUCUCGCUGGGCAACGAAGUCCGCCACGGCAUGGUCUGGCCCCUCGGCUACGUCGACGUCGACGCCUUCACCUCGGACCGCGCGCGCGCCCAAAACUUCACCGGCCUCGCCACCAUCUUCUCCGCCGCGCGCGCGGGCGUCCGCGACGCCGUCGCCAGCGGCGUGCACAACCCGGACGUCAUGAUCCACGUCGACAACGGCUGGAACGUCACGCUGCAAGAGACGUGGUUCUCCGCCCUCACCGACACCGGCCUCGUGUCGACGGCCGACUGGGACGUCUUCGGCUUCUCCUUCUACCCCUUCUACGGCACCUCGGCCACGUUCGCCAACCUCAAGAAGAGCUUGACCACCAUUUCGCGCAAGUACAAGAAGCCCGUCCAGGUGGUCGAGACGGACUACCCCAUCCUGUGCUCGGGUACGUGGGGCCCCGUCCCGGACCUCAGCGAGCCGAGCAUCCCCGUCAGCAUCGAUGGCCAGGUCGACUGGGUGCGCAAGGUCAUGGAUGUGGUGAGGAAGGUGCCCGAGGGCCGCGGCCAAGGCGUGCAUUACUGGGAGCCGGCGUGGACGAAUCUGACCAGCUUGGGCAGUGCGUGCGACGAUGCGAUUUUGUUCCAGGCGGAUUAUAGCGCGUAUCCGACGACGUAUGCGUAUUCGAGGAAGUCGGUGAAUAUGUUUAACUACUAA